AUACGAUGAAAGCCCUGGUUGCGUCGUGUCUGUGAUGGUUCAUUUUGUUAUGGUAAUGCAUUCUAUUCACCAUUUGAGGUAGCAUGAAAAUUGAAUAAUGUUCAAAAAGAACACUUCCUCCGCCGAUGUGAAGAAAAGCCAACAGAAAUGUGUGGACCCAAAGAAAGAUACGCCCACCAGACUAAAACACCUGAGGAUAGUUUUAGAUAACUGUGAGCUGACUGAACUGAAAUCCUUCUUGGAUGCCAACUACAGCCCCGUAUUCUACGUCUUCUAUGAUGCCUUUAUUUUCUUUGAGACACAACUCCAGCAGAAAGGCUUCAGUGUCCAGCAGCGGCCUCACAGAGAGGACCUGGAGCAGUCAUUGUUUGUGUUGGAGCGACUGCUGUGCUUGCUGCCGCAGCUCUUCACGCGACGCUGGCAAUGCAAUGCCCUCACCCAUGUCUUUAAGAAGCUCCUGCAUCGGGGCAAUAACAUAAGGCUCCGCAGGGAAGGAUGCCGGUUAUUCAUCUUAUGGUACAUGAUAGUUGGCGAGAGCAAGACCCCAGACAUGGACGCCAUGUUUGCUUCCCUUGUUCCUGGCUUCCCCACUCCUCCCCCUCGCGCAGUCCUCCCCACUACAAGCAGCGAUGGCACAAAAGUUUCCCCCAUUGAAGCCAUGGCCAUCAUCCCCUCCUCAUCCACAGAUAAAACCCCUGACGACAUCACAGCUUAUUUCCUUUCUUCUCUCCUGGACUUCAUGGUCACUCAGGUUCGGAAGGUAGAGUGGCGAGGCGGCACCAAGACAGAGCAUUGCCACGUGGCUUUCUCGUACCUCUUCUCUAUGUUCCGGGCCGUCUACCUGCCCUACAUUUUCCCCAACUUCAGCUCCAGCAACUCGCUCUACAGACCCAACCUAGAGUUACCAGAGCUACGCAGCAGUCCUGGCAAGAGCCUGUACGGCACCUGCCAGGUGGUGCUCAUACGCUGGGUGCGUCAGUACGUGUCAUCUGUGCCUCCUGCCACACAGCCUCCUCUGUCACGCCAACAUACUGGGGAUGAACGUCGAGGUGAGAACACUUCCCAAGAAGGCACGGGCAGCACCAGCGAUCAGGACUCGGUGUCUUCUGCUCACUACGCUAAUGACGCGAGUGCGGGCGAGGAGGCGCGACUGGUGCGAGAAGUGCUCUUCUCCACGCGCUCCAACGUCAACUUCAUACACGAGCUAUUCCGUCAGGCGCUCUGCUUGAGCUUCCGGUACUCUGAAGCUAUCAAGACGGUCAUCUUGUGCUACAGAGAUUGGAUACAAAUGACUGGCGACGUGCCGAUUUUCCUGCUGGAGCCUAGCGAGUGUGACUCAGAAGAGCUGGAGUCGCCUGGCAGUCAAACAGACGGCGGGCGACGCGGCCGCAGCGACUCAUACCUCGUGGCCAUCAACAGGGACAACAACGUCCGCGCAGGACUGCAGAACGUGCUUCAAGUGUUCGUGACGAGCGCAGCGAACGUGUUUCUGCUGCAGGUAUCGCCCGACUACCCGCUGCUGCUCGACGAGCAGGUCGAGCACUGCAAGCACGUCCUCAACACCUACCGAUAUAUGGUCAUGAACACCCGCAUGGAAAGGAAGACAUGGGAGCAGCUGCUGAUCGUGCUGUUCCACAUCACAUCACAGACGCUCAGUGGCCGCCAUGUCAAGCCAAAAGAAGACUCCCUGGGUGGCAGAUUUGCUUCAGCUCUUUUCCAGACGCUAAUAGUGUCGUGGAUCAAGGCCAACCUGAGUGUAGUUGUGAGUGGCGAGCUCUGGGACCAGCUCCUCUCUACCCUCUCAUCCCUCUCACAUCUCGACGAGCUUGUCAAAGAGUGGGCGGUGAGUAAAAACAUAGUGACAUCAAUUCUGGCCCGCCACGUGUACGGCCUUGAGGUGAACAACCUGCCUCUGGACCGCGUCAACGAGCGCCGCGCCAUCAAGCGGGGCAGCAAGAGCCAUAAUGCGAGCAUCCGCAGUAGCCACAGCAGCGCUAACUUUAGUCGCACCUGGAACGGCGUGAAGCAGCAGCAACAGCAGGCAGGGGGCAGCGCCACGCCCUCUGUAGGAGCGUCCGCGGUCCUGCCACACCUGCCGGAGGAGACGUCGCUCACAGGAAGCGAACAGUACCACCGCAGACGAAUGAACAGUUCGAGCUCCUCACAACACCACCCGUCGAGUGGUGAGGGCGUUGGUCACCACCAGGAUGUGGUGAUGCCGACAUGCCCUCACCGUCACUACCACAACCAUCACCACCACCAGCACCACCACAACUGCCCCACUAGACUAGUCCGUGUGCUGUCAGACUCCAAUCUACACAUGAGAAAAGUGUAUGACAGAUACGAGCACGUUAUGAAAUGCCGUUCUACGUCUGCUCUGCACCAAUACACAUGUGAGGGCGUGUCAUGCGACCAGAAGUCGGUGAUGGCAGGAGGGUCGGUGCGAGGGUGGCUGCCUGACGUGGCCGUGGUGCUGUGGAAGCGCGUCCUGGGGCUCCUCGGCGACCCCAACAACACGGCCGUCGUCUCUCCAGCCAUCAACGCCAUGGUCUUCUCGCACCUCACCGACCUCUCAAAUGUUCUCAUUAAGCUGCGGGACAAUCAAGGCAUUUCCGUGGACAACCAGAGCACCCCUCCCCCUCCUGAGCUCGUGCCCCCCAUCACCCUCAUCGCCCCCUGGUGUCUCAAGGCGCUGAACUUGCCUAACGCGUACCAGCGCGGCAAGUUACUAGCGUACCGUCUGCUGUGCUCCAUGCUGGUGCGCCGUCACGACCUGCCGCCGUCACGUGACCUGCUCACGGCCUUCUACGGUGCCCUGCAUCAGGGGCUUCUGGGGCAAGAUCAGGAGGUGAUAAGUUGCUUGGUGGGGGCGUGUGGCCCACACUUCUUCUCCUUGGGACUUCCUGGAUCAUCGAUGCUCAUGCUCGACUUUAUAUUCGCUGCCAACACCGUCGUGGCCGCGCCUGAGGGCAAACAGGGCGGAGUUUUUCCCCGCGAGGAAGCCAUCAGCCUCCUGGGGUCCCUCCUCCCCCUCGCCUCCCUGUCUCCCACCGUGCCAGUCCUGCAGCCCCAGCAUGGCUCCUUCACUCUCAUGAACUGCUCUGACGUCAAGGAUCACAUUCUAACGGUGCUGCUAAAAAGCGGCAAACGUGACGGCUAUUGGCGGACGCGGUCGCUGGCGCUCUGUGCGCUCGCCUCGAGUCUCUACCACCAACUGAACCAACCGCCGCCACACCCCCGCCUUACUGACGCCGUCAGUGUGCUGCUGGCCGCCCUCAAGAUCGGGCGGUUGGUGGGGCAGGUUGCGGCAGACCUGCUCAUGCUGCUCAGUGACCACAGCGAAGCUCUGCUCGACCACUACCCCGAUAUGCCGCCGCGCAUCAUUCAGGAGGGCAUGAAGCUCCCACAGGAGGUCAUGAAGCUCCCACAGGAGGUCAUGAAGCUCCAACAGGAGGUCAUGAAGCUCCCACAGGAGGUCAUGAAGCUCCCGCAGGAGGUCAUGAAGCUCCCGCAGGAGGUCAUGAAGCUCCCGCAGGAGGUCAUGAAGCUCCCACAGGAGGUCAUGAAGCUCCCACAGGAGGUCAUGAAGCUCCCGCAGGAGGUUGUGGAUGUGGUGAGCGCGGGUGGUGCGAGCAGCACGGUGCUGAGCAAGGCACUAGCGGUGUACGUGGCAGACUUCAGCACCGCACAAAUGAGCCAGCGUCUCCUGUACCUCCUGUGGCACUGCCCUUUGGGCGUCAGUGCCCAGCGACUCUCCUCUUUCGUAGUGGAGAGCGACGACCUGCCGGGCUGUGCUUCUGAGGAACCCACUGGAGAUGUUUUCCUGUCUCCUCACGUGCAGAUCUCCGCCCUCAAUAACAAUUGCCUCUUCUCAAUGGUGCAGCUGCCAGCUCUGCACGGCCCCGGAGUUGCUGGGUAUGACUUAUCAUGCGCGAUCUCUCGGGCAAGUUCUCGUGGGACGCGUCGAUGUUGUGCGCCGUCCUCCGAUGCGCUGGAUGGCUGCAACAGCUCCAGCCUGCCGUCCCUGGACGACAGCUGCAACAGCUCCAGCCUGCCGUCCCUGGACGACAGCUGCAACAGCUCCAGCCUGCCGUCCCUGGACGACAGCUGCAACAGCUCCAGCCUGCCGUCCCUGGACGACAGCUGCAACAGCUCCAGCCUGCCGUCCCUGGACGACAGCUGUCAUUGCUCGGUCCUGCCGUCCCUGGACGACAGCUGUCAUUGCUCCGUCCUGCCGUCCCUGGAUGACAGCUGCAACAGCUCCAGCCUGCCGUCCCUGGACGACAGCUGUCAUUGCUCCGUCCUGCCGUCCCUGGACGACAGCUGCGUUAUGUCUGUAUCACGGUAA